CCCCUACACACACACACACACACACACGGUGGUGGUUCAGACGUGUACAGGACACACAGGGAUCAGGACGAGAUCUGGGAACGACCACGGCGUGGAAAAGUGGAAGUUCUGAAAAAAGGAAGCGCUGUGGGGAGAUUUGGAGUGGACUCCGGACUCCAGUGUGUGUGUGAGUGUGUGAGUGUGUGUGUGUGUGUGUGUGUGUGUGUGUGUGUGCGCUCUGUUUGAUCACGCUGGAUCGUCUGUAGACCGUGACGGUGUGUGAGAGCACCGCAGCGCACCUGAAGGAUCAUGGAGGCAUCAGACGUUCACCAGGAGCCCAAAGAGAAGAAGAAGAUCCAUUUCGACGUUCCAUCGGCGGCUCCGACACAGCUGGACCCGCGGCAGGUGGAGAUGAUACGCAGACGGAGGCCGACACCCGCCACACUUUUCAAAGUAGCUGAUCAACCGUCUCCUGAGGAUGAUUACACCACUAACCAGUGGGUCGUCGGUGAGAACGGCAUCCUCAGAGCCAAGAGGGUCAAUCCCAACAUCUACCAACCUCCUCCACUGAAAGCGGUGCAGGAGAUGGCUGAAGCUUAUAUGCAGAGGUUGGGUGUUUAUCCUCAUGUGGAGGAGGAAGGAGAGGAAGUGGUAGAACCUCAGGAGCAAGAAGAACCUGAGUUAACGUCUUCACAGGAGGAGAAAAACACGAGCGACGAGUCCAACAAACCACCGACAGGAAAGAGAACUGAGGAGGAGGAAGGGAAAGAGGAAGAAAAGGAAGAGGACGAGGAUAAAGAGGAGAAGGAGGAGGAGGAUGAGGAGGACAAGGAUAAAGAGGAGGACGAGGAUAAAGAGAAGGAGGAGGAGAAGGACGAAGGUAAAGAGGAGGACGAGGAUAAAGAGGAGAAGGAGGACGAGGAGGAGGAGGAGAAAGCAGAAGAUGCUGACAGCAGAAAUCUGAAAGGACAGACAGAUGAAUGAAUUAAAGAGAAGAUGCAGCUUUAAGCAGUGUGUGUGUGUGUGUGUGUGUGUAUGUGUGUGUGUGUGUGUGUGUGUGUGUAAGUGUAAGUGUGUGUGUGUGUGUGUGUGUGUGUGUGUGUACAUGCACGUUCAUAUGUUCAUUUCUCCCAGACAACCCAAUCAUUUGACAUAAACAUCCAAACACAAUCAUUCAUGUUUAGCUUGUUUACAUUACAGGACUCAUUCAUCGUUAGGCAGGGUUUGAACCCAGGUUCUGUAGUCCAGUAUUGCUAUGCAGCACCCACACUACAGUGCGCCAUAUAAGCUAAACAUCUUUGAAAACUCUGAAGUGUCACUUUUAAAUGUAUUUUAGGGAAGAUGUGGAUGAUUUUGGACGUGUUUGGGUCAAACACUGAUGUUUUGUGUUGAUUAUUUUGUUGUGUUAUGCAUUUUCCUCAAUUUAAUUGUAUCCAGUUCCCCGAUGGUAUUUCCCCUCUAGUGCUGCAGACCUCCACUCCUGACCGAGGAGGGUCAUAACUAACACACACAUCCUCUGACACGUGUGCAGCACAGACCGCUUCUUUUCACCUGCACUAGGGUUCGUACGGAGAUCCGUAUCGUGCACGGGGAGUCACGCACCGAUCUCCACAAAGACAAACAAGCUCAGUGAUGAAAUGUGUUUCAGUUUAAGAGUUUAAGUGCUUUAUUUGUUUCUCGCACUGAGAUCUAACAGUAAAAAUAAUUCUAAGUUAAAUUUUAAAGCAUCUUUAAUGUGCUUAUUUAAACAUACAGCGCACUACACAGGUUUAGAGCCGGCGGUAUGGUUACUGUGUGUAGUGCUAAAGCUGUUGGUGUGGAUGAUGAGUUACUGUAGGUCAAUAAACACAAAACUUCAACAUUU